UCCCCAUACAAAGGACUUGUUUUAAUAUCUGAGGGUGUGUUUGAGUAUCUGGGAGGGAACAGGCUCAGAAACAAUAAUGAUGUGAGUUGGAGGAGGAAGCUGAACCUGAGAACUACAGCAACUGGAGACGUAACAAGGUACAACUUGUGCUUCUUAGACUGGAAGCAGGUAGUUUUCUUUGUCACAAGAACUCCAACUGGUAAGAUGAACAAGUCCUCCUGCCUCCACUAAAUCCAUCUGGUAGUGGGAUACUGGGACUUCAAAAAGACACCCGGAGGAAAACAAAAGAAAAGCAGGUCAUUGAAGAUGAUUUCCUUCUUGUUUCUGCUGCUUCUAGCUCCAUAUGUGCUCUUCUCCUUCACAUAUGUUGCAGUAAUCUCCCCUCAAGAUCCUGUCCUUAGAGUCGGCUCUAGUUUGACAGCCACAUGCACGCUUAGUGCAGAGCUGGGCCUCCACCCCAGCUCAUUAUUCUGGACUUUGAACGGUGUUCGUCUGUCAAGCAGUACCUACAGCAUCGUGUCCUCCAAUAUCCUGAGCAUUGAGCUUCACAGCCUGAACGGCUCACAGCAGAGAUCCGGAGACAACCUGAUGUGUCACAGAGCAGAUGGGCGCAUCCUCGCUGGUUCAUGUCUCUAUGUGGGCAUGCCUCCAGAGAAGCCAGUGAAUUUAACAUGCUGGUCCCACAAUGCAAAGGAUUUGAGCUGUAGGUGGAGGGUGGGUGGUAGUUGUGAGACCCACAUCCCAACCAAACACACCCUCAAAUACAAACUGAGGUGGCAUGAAAAAGAAAAUGAGUGUGAAAACUGUAUCGCAGAGAAGCAGGGUUACGUCUGUCAUAUCUCAGCCAAGAUUGCUCUGUUCACCCCAUAUGAGAUCUGGAUAGAGGUCACCAAUCAGCUGGGCUCGACCACCUCUGACAUCCUCUCCCUCGACGUCCUGGAUGUAGUAACUACAGACCCUCCUGCUAACGUGCAGGUGAGUCGUAUCGGCACCCUUGAGGACCAGCUGAUGGUCCGCUGGACCAGCCCCCCUGAGCUCAAAGACAUCCUGUUUCAGGCCAAAUAUCAGAUCCGCUACAGGCUGGAGGACAGUGCUGAAUGGAAGGCAUUUGAUAACAUUGGAAACCUGACAUCAUGCCGUCUGGCAGGCCUCAAGCCUGGCACUGUCUAUUUUGUCCAGCUGAGGUGCAAGCCUGUGGGAAUCUUUGGUUCCAGAAAACCUGGAAUCUGGAGUGACUGGAGCCACCCAGCUGCAGCCUCCACCCCAUCAGGGCUGCUACAAAGAGGCUCCUGUGAUCAUAAGGGCACUGAACAGAACUCCACCCUGCGGCAGGAACUCAAGCAGUUCUUUGGCUGGGUCCGCAAGCAUGCCUCUGGCUGCAGCAGCAUGUCCAUCAAGCUGUAUGAUCAAUGGAGGGUGUGGCUGCAGAAAUCACACAGAACACGGAACCAGGUCCUACAAGACAAUAAUUCAUAGCCCACGUACUUGGUACUGCUCUGAGAUCCCUCCAAGAAAAGCCAACUGGUCAGCAACUGGAUGAGACUUCAAGGAUCUGCCGCUUUUCCAUUACCUGAGUUUGAAAAGGGUUGGACAAGGUGCAGAACAGGAAGCCGAGUCAACACAUCUGUCUGCAGCCUCUCUACUGUUAAAUACUGGCAAAGUUAUUAUAGUAGGAGAUUUAACAGCCAUGUUGACAUUGAGGGUGAUAGCUUAAAUGCAGCCUUUAAUGCUCUCUAAGACUCAAUUGGCUUUGUUCAAAAUGUGAAUAGUCCCACACAUUCUCAUCUUCAUACUUUGGACCUUGUUCCUACAUAUGGCAUUGAAUAUGACAACAGAAUAACAGUAUUUCCUCACAACCCUGUCCUCUCGGACCACUUUUUAAUAACCUCUGGGAUUA